GAGCUUGCAGUGAGCCGAGAUUGCGCCACUGCACUCUAGCCUGGGCGACACAGCGAGACUCCGUCUCAAAAAAAAAAAAGAAAAAUAAAGUUACAUGAAGCUCCCCCAUGGUCCCAUAGCUAGUAUGUGAUGUGGCAGGGAGCGAUCCUGUCCGCUUCCCUCUCUCAAACGGGGCCAGAAAGGGGUGGUGCUGUGCAUGGACAGAACAUCUGGAAAGUGGUGUGUCCAGGACACGGGAAGCAGUGUAGUGGCCAGGCUGCCUCCAGCUGUCACAUCUGUGUCUCUCUGCAGUAAGGACGAGUCUGCCUUCAUGGUCGACCCGCUGACGGCACAGGGAGUGGCCGUGGUAAUAGUGGCUUAUGACAUCGCCCCCAAAGGCACCCUGGACCAGAUGGUAGACCAGGUGACCCGCAGCGUUGCGUUUGUCCAGACGCGGUAUCCAAGCAAUGGGUGGGUGUUGCUGGUAGAUUUUCUUCCUGUUGGACCUCACUGGGUGGGAGGACAGUGCAAUCAGUCCCUCGGACACAGCCAAGCUUCCCCUCUGGCCUGUGGAGCAGAAAGCAAAUUGGGACUCUUUGAAGUGGGCCUGAUGUUGUGGGGAAACUGUGUGCAAAUCCAGUUCUCUGCUCUGACCCCUCCCAGGGGAAUUUACCUAUGUGGACACUCAGCCGGGGCCCACCUGGCCGCCAUGAUGCUCCUUGCCAACUGGACCAAGCAUGGGGUCACGCCCAACCUCAAAGGUUUCCAUGGGGGCUGCAGCCUGGCUGGGCAACCUUCAUCUCCCCAUGAGCCUUGCGGUUUGGGCCAACUGAUUGAAAUCCUCCCAGCUAACAUCGCUCUGCAGCUGACCCUGGAGGACGCUCAGAGGAACAGCCCCCAGCUGAAGGUGGCCCAGGCGCAGCCGGUGGACCCCACCUGCCGUGUGCUGGUGGUCGUGGGCCAGUUCGACUCCCCCGAAUUUCACCGACAGUCCUGGGAGUUUUACCAGACCCUAUGUCAAGGAGAGUGGAAAGCCUCGUUUGAACAGCUCCACGAUGUGGACCACUUUGAAAUCGUUGAGAAUCUGACCCAGAAGGACAACGUGCUCACCCAGAUUAUCUUGAAAACGAUCUUCCAGUAGUUCUGACAACACCUGGAGCCUGGUCCAAGUGCACCCCACCUUGGGAAGCCUCUCCAAAGAGCUUUCGGAGCUGAAGCUGCCGGCUUCAAUUUUCCCCAGCACCCAGGAGAGCCUUGCUGUGUCUGCCUGCCCGGCAAGAGUCCAUUCUCACUGCUGGGAUACUCGUGAAAAUCUCUAGGUCCUCCCUCUUCCCAGCCCGGAUGGAGCUUCAGGGAGGCUCCAGGGAACGUCCACGAGUCAAUGCUCAGAGAUGCCGGGAGCCGCCUGUAAGCCUCAUCUGGCCCCUCUAUCUGCUGACAGAAUGUGACAAAGAUGACUUACCUCUAGCAUUUUUGUAGGACCCACCAGCUAAGAAUGGCAUCACUUUUUUUUUUCUGGAGAUGGAGUCUCACUCUGUCACCCAGGCUGGAGUGCAGUGGUGUGAUCUCGGCU